AUGAAGGUCACAGAGAGCCUCCGUUAUUUACUAUGUAUUGGCAUCCUCCUGGGCCAUACGCAGGCAAGGGCUAUCCCUGACGUACUGCAAGUUUCGUCCCGACAGGCUCCGGAUUCUCAAUCGUCGAGCUCGAAAAUCUUGAACGUCAGUGAUGCAACAGCCAGAGGCUUUCUUUGGUCAUCCAUUGGGCUAGCUGUUCUAACGGCUCUUCUUCAAGGACUUGUCACUGCCCUUGCCUUGAUGACCGAAUCGUCUAAUCAGUGGACAUUUAGAUUUCGAUUGGCAAAGAUCGAGCACUGGUGGUGGACAAUCGUGUCUGGACUUCUCCUCAUAUCAUUGGUCCUCAUUAUCCUAUCGUUCGCAACCGGCAACGGUAGCGAAUCAAUCUCGGUUCUCGUCCUCUCCUCGACAACAUUCUUGACUAUUGUGCGAUAUAUGCUGCCUUCAUGGCGGGCUCGAAAUUUCAUCUAUAAUCGUUGGCUUGCUUGGUCUGGGCCAAGUCGAACAGCAGUGAAGAUAGCCGAAAUGACAUACUGUGGCACUAUGAAUGACUGGCGAAGGUUAUCCAAGGUGACCGUGAUAGCGAAAGGCAAAAGUGUACCUUCCGACUACUAUGGAUGGCACUUUUUUCCUUUGAAGGGCAUUGCGCAAGACCCCACGGAUAUAUUGAAAGACGUCAACACCACGGUGCUUCGAUCAGGGACUUUAUCUAGAACAAUUGAUUAUAUUUACAACGAGCGCUACGAUGAUUUGGAUACCGUCUCGCUGCUUUGGGGUGCGGAAAUACAAGGCUUUCAACCGAGAGUCUCUCGCUCAGUCUCAGCAAUGACUUCAAGCCUUUUAAAGUCUCAGCCUUUCACCACUGAGGGGUAUGCUGGAGAAGGGUUUUGCCUCGCAAUGGGCAUUCUCGGACGCAAUAAAGGCCUCAAACCGGGGCAAAUCGUCUUCCAAAUGACUCGUCAAAUCUCGGGUAGUCUUGAACAAAAGUCAACUUGGCGUCCACGCCCAUCAAAGACACUUCGAAGCUACUAUUGGAAAACACUUGAUGCACAGUAUCAUGGGCUUGGCGAAGAAUUUGUUGAAGCUGCAGUUGAAUUGAGCCUAAUACUCAUGGAUGCCUAUGAGCCUGCUAUUGCUACUUGGCUCAAGGCUGGGUGCGAGCAUCAGAGCUUUGAGAUCAACAAAACUCUGCAGUCCCUCGAGGCGACCCCGGAAGAACUCCGCGCUCAUUAUGAAUCCAGUUAUGUAUCGAUGAUAAUUUCUCUCAACAAUAUGAGGGAUAAGCAACUCGGUCGCAAAAAUCAUGAGGUCGCACAAGCUAAGCGACCAGACAUUAUUUGCCUUGCACUUAGACUCAAAGCCAUGGGUGUUAAAACCGCUCCAAACUGGUGGAAUAGCCCUGAAAUCGAGGGUUAUCUUGAUGGCGAACGACAACAUCUGGAUCAUGAUUGGUAUCAAGAUGCUGCAAAAUUACUGGGUCUUACCGCAUACCCUGAAGGGCUUGAAAAUGGGCACUGGAAUGGUACGCCUCCCCCAGACCAGCCUAUUGACUUCGCCUCUAGCUUGAGCGACCCCACCACGAUCGCGGCAGUGCCAAGCCAGUCUCUUAUUGCUGUCGAGGAUCCUAUUACUGGUGACGUAGAAUUGAGGGAGUUGACUAUGCCCCAGAAUGAAGGCGAUUUGCAAACCAAAGUUGAGUCUACAGAACAAGGUCGUGUUGUGACUAGUUCGGAAUGA